UGUUUUAAGUGAAUGCCUUCAUUUACUCUUCGGUAUUCAAACUACCGAAAAAAUUCCAAACAAUUCUACCGAAAUAUCGUCGACUCCACGUGGCAACACUGGUCACAGAUUAUAGAUUAUAGUUGUGUUUUGUGUUUGUGGUUUGUGGGUUAGCGGUUGAGCGUUGUUGUUUUUAAAAUAUGAUUUUUGAGUAUGCAACAAGGGUAGUUUCUUAGAUUUGAGGACUUUGAGUAAAUAAUCUGCGAUAGAAUUAUUUUAUUAUUCUUUAUAUGUUAUAUAUCCUGAAAUGAAGACUAAACAGUCAAUAAGUCGUGUAGAGGAAGCAUAUAGCAAGAGGAGCAUGAGUUCCAGUUCAACAUGUUCAACAUUGAAAAGUGUCAAAGAUGAACACUGGGAUGGAGUUAACCAGGUGAAAAUGGAGAAUCAGUUAGUAGUUGGGGUUAAAUCCGAAAAACCAGAAUCAGAACCAACUGUGAACAACACAAAGUUUGAAAAUAUGGACAUUUGGACACUAAAUGAAGAGUUUGAUAUCAAAAAUGAAUAUGAAAAUGCUGUAUCUGAUAGAAUUAAAGUUGAAGAGAAAUUAGAGUCUGGACUUGAAGCUCAUUCGACAGCAGAUACAGUUAACCAGAUGAAAAUGGAGUUCCAAGAAUCUGAAAAGCUGGAAGAAAAACCAGAUUUAAGGAGCACAAAUCUUGAAAAUAUGGACGCAUUAGGGCUACAUCACGAAUUUGACAUCAAAACUGAGAGUGACCAAGAUGACAGGCAUGAUUCGGCGUCCGAUAGCGUCCAAAUAAAGAUAAAGCGGGAAAAGGAACAACGAAAUCCACCGAUCGAAGAAGGAAAACAGUCGUUCAGCUGCUAUAUUUGUAACUAUACGAGCCAUUGUAAAAAGGGUUUGAUCGGUCAUAUCAAAAGGAACAAUUGCUAUUUACGAUCUAAUUUGGGAAAAUCACGAUCUGUAUCCAGAAAACAGUAUCUGUAUCGUUGUAUCAAAUGUAGGAAGGUGUUCAAAAGCAAAACAUCACUAGAUAAUCAUUUGGUUAAAAAGCAUGUAGGAUCUAUUGCGUUAGUUCCAUCUAAAAUACAUGAAUGCACAUUCUGUGAUUUUAAAACCGCUUAUAAAAGGCCUUUAAACAGCCAUAUGCUAAAGCAUACUACUAAACUACGCAUAUGCAAACAUUGUAAUACAUCAUUUAAAACAGAACGAUCGCUUUUUGGCCAUAUUUCAAAGAGACAUCCCAACUUUAGCGGGACAGUUUCUAGUAAGAUAUAUGAAUGUAUGCAUUGUCCACAUAAACAAAUAGCUAGGAGUAAUUUUAUAAGGCACCUGGCAAGACAUGAUACUCGAACGACUUUCAAAUGUAAUAACUGUGAUGCUUCAUUCAAUACUAAACGACGCUUAGAAAACCACGUCAUACAGAAACAUCCUAAAUUUGAGUCAUCCGUGUCUUGUAAAAUACAUAAAUGUACCCAUUGUGAAUAUAAAACUAUAUAUAAGGAUUAUUUAGUUAGCCAUAUGAUGAAACAUACUGGUGCUAAGCUCAAGUGUACAAAGUGUGAUAAGUCAUUUACAACUAUACGAACAUUAGACGAUCACAUUUUGCGGAAACAUCCUGAGUUUACUACUUCUGUAUCUCGUAAGAUACAUAGAUGUACCCAUUGUGAAUAUAAAACUAUAUAUAAGGGGCAUUUAGUUAGCCAUAUGAUGAAACAUACCGGAGCUAAGCUCAAGUGUACAAAGUGUGAUAAGUCAUUUACAGCCACACUAUCAUUAGACGAUCACAUUUUGCGGGAACAUCCUGAUGUUGCUGCUUCUGUAUCUCGUAAGAUACAUAAAUGUACCCAUUGUGAAUAUAAAACUAUAUAUAAGGAGUAUUUAGUUAGCCAUAUGAUGAAACAUACUGGAUCUAAGCUCAAGUGUACAAAGUGUGAUGCGUCAUUUACAACCAUACGACCAUUAGACAAUCACAUUUGGCGGAAACAUCCUGAGUUUACUACUUCUGUAUCUCGUAAAUUACAUAAAUGUACACAUUGUGAAUAUAAAACUACAUAUAAGGGGUAUUUAGUUAGCCAUAUGAUGAAACAUACUGGAGCUAAGCACAAGUGUACAAAGUGUAAUGCCUCAUUUACAACUACACUAGCAUUAGACGAGCACAUUUUGCGGAAACAUCCUGAAUUUACUACUUCUGUAUCUCGUAAGAUACAUAAAUGUACACAUUGUGAAUAUAAAACUACAUUUCAACACUGCUUACCUAGGCAUAUGAUGAAACAUACUGGAGCUAAGCUGAAGUGUACAAAGUGUGAUGCGUCAUUUACAACUACACUAUCAUUAGACGAUCACAUUUUGCGGACACAUCCUGAUUUUACUACUUCUGUAUCUCGUAAGAUACAUAAAUGUACACAUUGUGAAUAUAAAACUACAUAUAAGGGGUAUUUAGUUAGCCAUAUGAUGAAACAUACUGGAGCUAAGCACAAGUGUACAAAGUGUAAUGCGUCAUUUACAACUACACUAGCAUUAGACGAGCACAUUUUGCGGAAACAUCCUGAAUUUACUACUUCUGUAUCUCGUAAGAUACAUAAAUGUACACAUUGUGAAUAUAAAACUACAUAUAAGGGGUAUUUAGUUAGCCAUAUGAUGAAACAUACUGGAGCUAAGCACAAGUGUACAAAGUGUAAUGCCUCAUAUACAACUACACUAGCAUUAGACGAGCACAUUUUGCGGAAACAUCCUGAAUUUACUACUUCUGUAUCUCGUAAGAUACAUAAAUGUACACAUUGUGAAUAUAAAACUACAUAUAAGAAGUAUUUAGUUAGCCAUAUGAUGAAACAUACUGGAGCUAAGCACAAGUGUACAAAGUGUAAUGCGUCAUUCACAACUACACUAUCAUUAGACGAUCACAUUUUGCGGACACAUCCUGAGUUUACUACUUCUGUAUCUCGUAAAUUACAUAAAUGUACACAUUGUGAAUAUAAAACUACAUAUAAGGGGUGUUUAGUUAGCCAUAUGAUGAAACAUGCUGGAGCUAAGCACAAGUGUACAAAGUGUAAUGCGUCAUUUACAACUACACUAGCAUUAGACGAGCACAUUUUGCGGAAACAUCCUGAAUUUACUACUUCUGUAUCUCGUAAGAUACAUAAAUGUACACAUUGUGAAUAUAAAACUACAUAUAAGAAGUAUUUAGUUAGCCAUAUGAUGAAACAUACUGGAGCUAAGCACAAGUGUACAAAGUGUAAUGCCUCAUUUACAACUACACUAGCAUUAGACGAGCACAUUUUGCGGAAACAUCCUGAAUUUACUACUUCUGUAUCUCGUAAGAUACAUAAAUGUACACAUUGUGAAUAUAAAACUACAUUUCAACACUGCUUACCUAGGCAUAUGAUGAAACAUACUGGAGCUAAGCUCAAGUGUACAAAGUGUAAUGCGUCAUUCACAACUACACUAUCAUUAGACGAUCACAUUUUGCGGACACAUCCUGAGUUUACUACUUCUGUAUCUCGUAAGAUACAUAAAUGUACACAUUGUGAAUAUAAAACUACAUUUUACCACUGCUUAGCUAGGCAUAUGAUGAAACAUACUGGAGCUAAGCUGAAGUGUACAAAGUGUGAUGCGUCAUUUACAACUACACUAUCAUUAGACGAUCACAUUUUGCGGACACAUCCUGAUUUUACUACUACAUUUGCAAGAAAGGAAUACUUAGACAACCGCACUUUUGGGAAACAGCCUGAGCUUAUCGCUUCUGGGGGCAAAUUGAAAAAAUCUCUGGAUCGUACCAAUUUCAAUAUGUCGAAUUAUGAUAACUAUGAAUGCUGUAAUGUGACAUUUGAUUGUAAAUCGACAUUUGAUGAUCACGUAAUAAAAAUCAUGCAGAUAUCAUUCGAUGAACUAUGAAAAAAUAUCGUAUAAAAUACCGAUAAUGAUCUCAUUCAUAAGAAUAUACUCAUACAGGAUUUCCUGAAAGUUGGGAUUUUCAUUUUAAGGAAUAACUACGUUUGAAAUAACAAAGCUAAUGUACGGCAAAAUAGCAGCGAAAAGGUCAGUAAGAAAUUGAAGAAAAAUACUCGCUAUUCAUAUUUUCAAGUACUGCCCUGUUACAUGUUUGUAAACACUGCUUGACACCGUCGCUGUUCGAUUCAAAAACCCGAGUUUGUUUAGUUAUGAACUGUGUUCAACCAGACGACUGUUGCACGAUAAAAACAGACGUACGACUAUAUGCAGUUCUGAAGGAAAGAAACGUCGAGGACCACGGUGACGUUUUGAGAGCACUCGCGGAGUAUCAAUCGGAUGUUUAAGAGGCUCAUAUCAAAUCGAUAUCUACGUUAUUGCUUUAGGAAAGAAUGAGGAUAUUACGCGGACAGCAAAUUAAAAAAAUCUCUUGAAGAUGGCAUUUGAUGAGAUGAGCGGGGAGAUGGGCAUGAGCUUCGACAGAAGGAGCACGUAUCUAUUCAUUCAGCCCUACAGACGUACGAACUUUUUUAUUUAUCAACGAUAUUUUUAUUUCCUGAAUUGUUCGCUACAAGUUGUAAAUCGGCAAGGAGGCCUCUAUGUUAGCAAAUAAAGUGAUAACGCAGUUAACGCUGUCUUCCUACCCCUUAUCCCUAGUCAGCUUAACUGGAGAACUAUUUCAUAUUUGACAAUGCGUCGAGUUGUGAUAUUUAGGAAUGCUGUAAUGAGACAUUUGAUUGUAAAUCGACAUGUGAUGAUCACGGAAUAAAAAAUCAUGCGGAUAUUCGAUGAACUACAAAAAGGAAAAAAACAUCGUAAAAAAUACUGAUAGUUGUAGCAUUUAUUAGAAUACCACACGGUAAAUAUAUGGUAUCCAGGAAGCUGGGACAAUUGCUUUCAGAAAUAACUACAUUUAAAAUAACAAAGCUAACGUGCGGUAAACUAGCAGCAGCAAAAAAAGAAUGACGGAAAGUACUCUUUAUUCAUUUAUGUUAUUGUAACGACGAUGAAACAUUUAUAUGCCCCACUAUUUAUGUCUGACUAAUUCUUAUGUCACCAUUGACUGCACUAUACUUCUCGCUCUGCUACUCCACCGUAAUCCGUACUCUCUGCCCCAUCUCCCGGCCGCCGAGUUAUAUAUAGUUCAAUUACCACUGCGAGAAAACCACAAAGCGAUAUCUAGAAUGUUGGAGAUCACUUCGCGUCGAUCGGUUGAGGGUUGAAAGGGGUAGGAGGUUGUAAAUGUAGUAUUAGUCAGACGUUUUUAUCACUCAGAAGUUUCUGAUCCCUGUAACAACUGGAAAAUUAAAUGAUAAAAGUCCGAUGUAUAAUGUGCUCAUAAAUAUCUUGGCAAUGCGUGCACGGAGCGAUGCUGCGUCGUCGUGGAGGCCACUGCCGACUGUGCAAUCGGUAACAGAUUCCAACUGGUCUGUGGUGGUGUCAUCAGUGACACAUCGCUACGGGAAGAAUAUUUAUAAAUUUUAAGUUAUAUAUUCUGGCAAUAUUUGGAUAUCAGGAGUACGUACCAUUUUAGUGUUCUGCGAUGCUUUUGUAAAUGAUGACUUUACUGUUUUUAUAUGUACACAUGUAUUUUUCUGAAUUUUAUGAUCCUUAAAUGUACCCACCCAUUUCGCCUAACUUUUAAUUUGUGUUGCUCAGUGGUGUUGCAGUUUUUCAGAAAUAAGAACCCAGUGUCGUGCCAAUUUGUAGUUUCGCUAAAGUUAGUUUUAGGUAAAUUUAGUAUAUUAAUUGAAUUUAUUACCCAUUGCUCUGUAAAUGGUGUAUACUGUUGGGCAAUAUAUGCUUUAUUACUAUUAUUAUUAUUAUCUCUGUCAGAAUUGAUGAAAUCCCAUUUCAAAAAGAGUCAGGAGAAAAUACGAUUUCGGGAAAAUUCUUUUUAAUUCUGACAUUCUGAAAAUAAUCCGAAUUACAAAACUUUCUAAGUGCCACUUUCAUAGUUACCUAAAUGCACAACUUUACCCCAUAACCCUACCUCUUACCGAGGUCCGAGUUUUGAAUAUCUUUCAAAAAUUGAUUAACUGCGGACCAACGGGCAAACGAAAAAGUUGAAAAAUCUCCGUUUUCAACGUUCCAGUCCGUGAUAGAUUUUGACGUUUCACAGUUUUAAGAACAGUUCAAAAC